UAUGCAUAACCUCAUCAAAACCUCUCCCUACUCUAUGCUCCUCACGCCUUCCACACCCCUCACCCCAACACAACCACAUGGCUCAAGAUCAUGAACUCCACCGCCAAAGCCAGCCGCUUAUACCACGCGGGUUCCCCAUCCGGCGCCGGAAACUCCCUUUGGUCCGUCUUGGUGGGCCAAAGCCGAGGCCAGGCGUUGUGUUUGCUAGAAUGCUUAAGAAGAUCAGACUAAGGUGGCUGAAACUUCACUACUUGUGCAUAUUGAAGAAGCUCAAGAAGUCUUACAGGAACACGGUCAAGGACCUCAUGGAAGCUGGGGCGAGCUUGGAGAUCUUCCACCAGAGGGUUUUCAUGGAGAGUACAUUUGCUAUUCCAAUGGGAGUUUCUCUCUCUAGCUACCCUUCUGUUGCUGGAUCAGAUCGGCCUCGAACCCUUUUCAUGUAGAUGUACCUCUUUAAUCUUAUCAAAUAUCAUCAAGCUUCAGCACAUGCAGUUCAUGUAGAUCUUACCCUUUUGUUGUUUCUGUUUGUCGUUUGAAAAAUAAUUUGUUAUUUUAUUUUGUUGAA